AUGAAUGAUUCUGAGACCCUUCUGUGUCAUGAAGAUGAGUCUUGCUUGAAUGAAAACAAUUACAGAUUGGGCUUAUGUUCUGUUUUUGAGUGUGAUGAUGAGUAUAUACAAAUGUUAAUUCAAAGAGAGGCAGUCACUUUUCAAAGUAAUAGCAAUUGCUCACUUCUCAAGAGUGAAAAAAGCUGGUUUAAAUGCGCCCGUUUGGAUGCCAUCAAAUGGAUUCUCAAUACGAGAGCCUUUUUUGGAUUUCACUUUCGCACAGCUUAUCUCUCAUUGAUUUAUUUUGAUAAGUUCUUUUCAAAAAGAUCAAUUGAUGAUGGAAAAUUGUGGGCUAUUCGGUUAUUGUCAGUUGCAUGUUUAUCUUUGGCGGCAAAGAUGGAGGAAUGUAAAGCACCCACAUUAUCAGAGUAUCAUGUAGAUGAUUAUAAUUUUGAAGUACACGUGAUUCAGAGAAUGGAAUUAUUGGUCUUGAAUUCAUUGGAAUGGAAAAUGAGUUUAAUUACACCUUUUGCUUAUCUGCAUUAUUUCGCCACCAAGUUCUGUGGUGAAUGCAGCCAUGAAAAACUGGUAAACCGAGCAGUCGAACUCAUUUUUGCCAUAAUAAAAGAGAUUAAUGUGAUCGAAAAUCGGCCUUCCAUAAUUGCUGCAUCCGCGGUUUUAGCAGCUUAUGAUUACCAGUUAACAAAGAAAAUAUUGGAGAUUAAGGUGAACACAAUCUCAACAUGGGGAUCCCUAGAAAAAGAGCGUAUAUUUUCCUGCUAUAGUCUACUGCAGGAAAUUGGGAUGCUAGAAUCAAAGACCCCUAACUCUGUGAUUACUCCAAAUAUGUUGUCGACGCUCUUAAGUUCCACAGGUGUUCUUGAGAGUUCUUCACUCUCCACUGCAGGCAGUAAGAGAACACUCACCUAUCCAGACUGCGAUCAAGAUUGUCCUGUGCAGAAAAUUCCUCGAUUAUGCUGA